AUGCACGCCAAGACCGACUCGGAGGUCACGAGCCUCGCGGCGUCGUCCCCCACCAGAUCUCCGCGCCGCCCAGUCUACUACGUCCAGAGUCCCUCACGUGACUCGCACGACGGCGAGAAGACCACGACGUCGUUUCAGUCCACCCCCGUGCUCAGCCCCGUCGGCUCCCCGCCCCACUCUCACUCCUCCGUCGGCCGCCACUCCCGGGAGUCCUCCUCCACCCGCUUCUCCGGGUCCCUGAAACCCGGAUCCAGAAAGAUCAACCCCAACGACGGGUCGCGCCACCACCGGAAGGGUCAGAAGCCGUGGAAGGAGCAGGCCGUGAUCGAAGAGGAAGGCCUUCUGGAAGGCGAAGAGAGGUCCAAGGGCUUUCCUCGCCGCUGCUAUUUUCCCGCUUUCGUCCUCGGCUUCUUCCUCCUGUUCUCUAUGUUCUCUCUGAUUCUCUGGGGUGCCAGUAAGCCCAUGAAACCCAAGAUCACCAUGAAGAGUGUUACGUUCGAACAGUUCAAGAUUCAAGCUGGCUCGGAUGCUACUGGUGUGGCCACUGAUAUGAUCUCAGUCAAUUCGACAGUGAAGUUCACAUUUCGCAACACUGGCACAUUCUUCGGAAUGCACGUCUCGCCAAAACCCCUAGAUCUAUCCUACUCCCAAAUCACCAUAGCCUCUGGAACUAUUAAGAAGUUUUAUCAGUCGAGAAAGAGCCAGAGAUCGAUCUCUGUGUCAGUGAUCGGCAAUAAAAUUCCGCUGUAUGGCAGUGGCGCGAGCAUGAGCACCUCAACAGGGACGACGGCGCUGCCAGUGCCUCUGCAAUUGAACUUCGUGAUUCGAUCUCGAGCCUACGUGUUGGGCAAGCUGGUGAAGCCAAAAUUCAACAGGCGAAUUCAGUGUUCUGUAACUUUCGAUCCCAAAAAGCUCAACGUUCCAAUCUCGCUCAAGAAUUGCACCACUAGUUGA